AUGAAAGCGACCCUUAUUCCGUUGGCAUUAACUCUCUUGAGUGGUGCUGCUGCAAAAUCCGACGAAGAAAAUCCCUAUGUUCCAUACUCCGUUGAUUGCCCCGAGGAUUCGACGUUUGUCCGCAAGGCAAAUGCCCUGGGUCCUAAUGAGACAAAUUGGCUCAAGGGCCGUGAUGGCGUCACCAAGCCCGCGUUGGUCGACUGGUUGAAGAAUUCUAAUUUGACCGACUUUGAUCCUGAAUCAUUCUUGUCCAACGAUACGAUUCGCCUCGGCCUUGCAUUCUCCGGAGGUGGUUACCGUGCCAUGCUUAAUGGUGCCGGCCAGUUUGCUGCCCUGGACAGCCGUACAACCAACUCAACCGAGCCCGGUCACAUGGGUGGUCUCGUUCAAGCGGCAACCUACAUUGCUGGUCUUUCAGGUGGCAACUGGUUGCUCGGCUCUCUCGUGGUUAACAACUUCACGUCUGUUCAGGAACUUCAGGCCUCCAAGGAUGUCUGGAAAUUGAGCAAAUCCAUUUUUGCACCCGGAGGAAUCAACGUUUUCAAAACCUUAGGGUACUGGGAUGAUAUCAUCGAUGAUGUUGAAGCUAAGGGCGAUGCUGGCUGGAACACCUCCCUGACUGAUCUUUGGGGCCGUGGUCUUUCAUACCAGUUCUUUAACUUCAGUCACGGUGGCCGCUCUAUUCAUUAUUCUGAUGUUCGUAACUACGAUGCGUUCAAGAACUACGAAAUGCCUUUCCCUAUCCAUGUCGCAGAUGGCCGUGCUCCCGAUACUUUGAUUGUUAGCGAGAAUUCGACUGUCUUCGAAUUCAAUCCUUUCGAGCUUGGCUCUUGGGACCCCAAUUUGUACUCCUUUACCGACCUUCAGUACCUGUGUUCUUAUUCUGACGAUGGCAAGGCGAGUAACUGCACCAAUGGCUAUGAUAACGCAGGCUUCCUUGUUGGUACAUCAUCAACUCUGUUCAAUCAGUUCUUCUUGCAACUAAACAGCACCGGUAUCACUGGGCCUCUUUACAAGCUCGCCAAGAAGUUGCUUUUGAAUUUGGGUGAGCGCAAUGACGAUAUCGCCUUGUACCACCCAAAUCCUUUCUACAAGAUGGACUACGUUGACAAUGGUGUGACUCAGUCUGACACUCUUGAUCUUGUCGACGGUGGUGAGGAUGGCCAGAAUGUGCCCCUGCAUCCUUUGAUCCAGCCCCAGCGUGACCUCGAUGUUGUCUUCGCUUUCGACAAUUCUGCAGAUACCUCAAAAGAUUCCGUCAUUGGAGGUUCUUGGGCUAACGGCACAUCUUUGGUCAAAACUUAUGAGCGUCAAUUCGUCCCCCAGGGCAACGGAACUAUCUUCCCGUACGUCCCUGAUGCCGAAACUUUGUUGUAUGGUGGUUAUCUUGGCCAGCCUACCUUCUUCGGUUGCAAUCGCGAUAACUUGACCAGUCUGUUCAAUAAGAGCAUGCCUGACAACGAGAGAUUCUAUCCCCCUGUCAUUGUUUUCAUCCCCAAUACUUAUAUGGGUUUCGAGGCUAACACCUCCACUUUCAAGAUGUCUUAUGACGAUGAUGAGCGUGAUGGCUUGAUCAACAACGGCUACAACGUUGUCACUCAGCUUAAUGGUACUCUCGACUCCGAGUGGAGAACAUGUGUUGCCUGUGCGAUCAUUCUGAGAGAGCAGCAGCGCCGUGGUGAAUCGCCCACUGAGCAGUGCCAGAAGUGUCUCAGCAACUACUGUUGGGACGGUCAGAUUGUUUCAAGUAGCAAUGCUACUUAUAAGGCUCGACGUGAUGGCAAGAAUGUUGAGGCCAUUCUCGCAAGCAAGGAUUCUGGCAAGGCCUCCAGCUCCAACUCCAGCGCAUCUGCACAGGCUUCCGGCUCCGCCAGUUCCACUAGCUCCAAGAAGAAGAACGCCGCCGUGCAAAUCGGUACCCAGGGAUCUGUGGUUGCUGCUGGUUUGGUUGCUUUGUUUUCUUGGCUUUAG